AUGGCCUCCGCCAUCCUCCCCCGCUUCAAGCUCGUCUUCUUCGCGCCGCCCGCCGCCGUCGAGGCCUGCAAGACGGCCAUCUUCGCCGCCGGCGCCGGCCGGUACCCGGGCCAGGGCAACUAUACCGAGUGCUGCUGGACGAGCCUCGGCACCGGCCAGUUCCGCCCCGGGGACGCCGCCAACCCGCACAUCGGCGCCGUCGGCCAGCUCGAGAAGCUCGAGGAAGCCCGCGUGGAGACGCUGUGCGUCGGCGAGGACGUCGCCCGCAAGGCUGUCGAGGCGCUCAAGAAGUACCCUUCGACCUAUGCAGAUACCCUUGAUCGUGAUGAGCACCCAUAG